UGGGCGUCUGUUUUCUAUCCAUAUUGGUAGUGUACAGUGUCGAAGUCAAAACUUGUCAAGUAAGGUUUGGUUUUGUCAAAGCUAGUAUUGUUGAAGUCUUUAUGAUAGUGUUUCCCUAUAGUUACAAGUUGCAACCAAUCCUUUUCAACUAUUUUUGCUGGUGCAGACCGAAAAGUAAACUAGUAUGGUUUUUCGUCUUGGAGAUGGUUGGUGUUAACAAUGAAAUCCAAUCGACUCUCAUUUCCCAAGACCAUCUCCGCCCCUUGGUUUCUUUCUUCUCUGAGAAGCUAAAGCUACUAGUUCUACGCCUUUACAUUUCCCAAGGAGCGGGAAUUAGUCUACAUACUCUGCUCUCUCUCUCACUGAAACAGAAAUCAUGGAGGAUCCAAUCAUGGAUGAUCAUAGAGACGCAGAAGACCUCCAAGCCAUUCUGGCGGAGCAGCGCAGAGAGCUCUUGGCAGUCAAAACCCUAGACUCCGACCUCGACAUGGCAUUCAAUCUUCAAAUGAAGGAAGCCCUCACCGCCUCUCUGGCUCUCCAACCCUCCUCCAGUACUCAGCAGUCUCCGCCGUACGAGCCCAAGGACGACCUCUUGGACCUCGCCGCAGCGUUCAUGCUCGAGGACGUGGAGAGGUUUCCUCAGGAGUACGAGGACCACGAACGCAGCGUUUUGGAGGUGAAGAAACUGAAGACGGAUCUCGACCGUCGGAUUCACGACCAGAAGUUCGCUAUCGACGUCCGUGACUUGCCCGAGGACUACUGGAGCGAGUACGGAGACGAAUAUGAAAGGCUGUACUGUACGGAUGGGUCGUCGUCUUCAAAAGAUGGGUUGCAGACCGAGUGUUUGAGAUUGUAUUGCAAGGGUUUGAUUAGUGAAGAGGUGGUCAAGAAUGUGAAGGUGGCGGUGGGUGGGAUUGGGGUUGCGAUUUGUGACCCGAGAGAUAAUCUGAUUUUCGAGGCCAAGAAGAAUCUAGAAGUGUUGAUUGAUGGCGAGAUUAUGAGCAAUGAGGCUGCGGAGCUUGAGGCUCUCUGUGAAGGACUUAAUAAAGCUCUCACACUGGACUUGAAAAAUAUCACCUUUUUCAUUGAUGACAACAAGCUUUACCAAUAUGUUACAGACGAAGUGAUUCCUGGGAACAGCAAGAUUGCAACAUUAGUCAAUCAAGUUGCUCUUUUACAGAGAAAAUUUGAAUCUUGCAGCCCUUCUCUUGUGGCACCUAGUGAAAUUAAGUUUGUGUUUAAAUUUGCAAGAGAUGCUAUAGUUUCUCAGAUCAGCUGGUGUGUAAAAACUCACAAUGGCAAGAGUUUCAAGGAGACUUGUGCGAUUUGUUUUGAAGAAACUGAUGUUACUCGCAUGUUUUCAAUCGAUGGUUGUCUGCACAGGUAUUGCAUUUCUUGUGUGAAAAAACAUGUGGAAGUAAAGUUGCUUAGUGGGAUGGUGGCACAGUGUCCACAUGAAGCCUGUAAUUCUGAGGUGAAUAUUGAUAGCUAUGAACAAUUCUUGGCACCUAAUCUUGUUGCAGUUAUGAGCCAACGAAUCAAGGAAUCUUCUAUUCCUGUUACAGAGAGAGUCUAUUGCCCUUACCCCAAGUGUUCUGCCUUAAUGUCCAAAAUGGAGGUCUUUGAAUAUACCAAAACUUCUUGCGUUGGUGCUGAAGAAUCUGCAGCCAGGAAAUGCAUGAAAUGUCAUUACUAUUUUUGUUUUGAUUGCAUGGUUCCUUGGCAUUACAAAAUGAGCUGCGAAGAGUACAAACAAUCACAUCCAUUUCCCCCCAAAGAAGAUCAACUGCUGAAUUCAUUGGCUACAACAAAACAGUGGCGCAACUGUAAGAAGUGCAACCACAUGGUUGAACUUGCAGAAGGUUGUAACCACAUCACUUGCAGGUGUGGAUAUGAGUUCUGCUACACUUGUGGAGCUGAAUGGAAGAACAAGAAACCAACAUGUUCCUGCCCACUCUGGGAUGAGCACAACAUAAUACAUGAGCAGCCGCAUCCAGUGCAGCCUAUUGUACGUGUGCGCCCACGACAAGUUGCACCAGGAAAUGAACAGCCAAGGCAGGUACGACCACGACGUUGAUGAGGAUUGCCAACUGUUGAUCACGGUUAUGCUACUUGUCAGCUUUUGCUUCCAUCUUUUGGUUAGGAUCCCAAACUUCUUCUGGAAAAUAGUGGGGGUAAAGAUGAUCGCAAAUUGUAACAUGGCCCGGUUUUUGUUAAGAUUUAACACCCUGUUCAGAUCCCAAGUUGUCAUAUGGCCCCAGUUUUGGUUAACUGGCACAGUAGUAGGUUUUGUAUGUGUCCGCUUUAAAUUAAGUGUAUGAUAUUGUUAUGGGUUAUGAAAGUGAAAGUUUGUCAA